ACAAAGUGUCGCGACCGGAUAGAGAGAGAGAGUAUUGAAAAAGUAUAGAAGAGAAAAGAGAGAUCGAAACAGAGGAAAAAAAGAUAUGAGGAUAGAAACAAGGCGAGAGAGGGAGGAAGAGGAGGAGGAGGAGGAGGAGCAGCCGCUGAGUCCGGCGGCGCGUCUAUUCCACUCGCCGGAGUUCAAUUGCUACAUAAUCUCCGUGAUCGGUUGCAAGACCAAGAUCGAUACAGAUGUUAUCACCCAAGGAUUGAAGGAGACAUUGAUCAGACAUCCUCGUUUCUCCAGCAAACUGGUGAUCGAUGGGGACAAGAGACAAAACCAGAGAUGGGUCCGAACAAAAGUGAACGUAGAAGAUCAUGUCGUCGUUCCAGACAUGGUGGCAUCACGCAGGAUGACGGAAAACCCGGAUGAGUUUCUCGAGAACUAUGUCUCGAAUCUCACUUCAACUCCAUUGGACGUCUCGAGACCAUUAUGGGAGCUUCACGUCCUCGAUAUAAAGACCUCCGACGCAGAAAACGUCGCCGUUUUGAAGGUCCAUCACUCCAUAGGAGACGGCAUGUCUCUCAUGUCUCUCGUCCUCGCUUGCACACGCAAAACGUCUAACCCCAUGGAGAUUCCGAGCCUUCCGGUUAAGAACCGGUCUAAGUCCCGGUUGACCGGUUUGAGGAGCCAAUCUCGGUUUUGGUGGUUAGUUUUGGCUUUAUGGUCGUCGGUCUUAUUGGUGUUCAACACGUUUUGUGAUGCUUUUGAGUUCGUUGCUACGACAUUGUUCCUUAAAGACACGGAAACUCCGAUUAAGGGUAAGAGAGGAGGUUUAAUGGAGGAAAAACCGAGGCGUUUCGUCCAUCGAACAAUGAGCUUCGACGACAUAAAGCUGAUCAAGAACACCAUGAACAUGACUGUGAAUGAUGUUUUGCUUGGUAUAACCCUAGCCGGUCUCUCACGGUACUUAAACCGGAAAUACGGGGAUACCGAAGAGAAACAAGAAGCAAAGGAGCGCAAUCAAGACAAUCUACCGAAAAGAAUACGGCUAAGGGCUGCAGUUCUCGUGAACCUUAGGCCUGACGCUGGAAUUCAGGCUUUGGCCGAUAUGAUGUCGAAAGGAUCAAAGUGUAAAUGGGGGAAUUGGAUUGGAUACGUUGUCAUUCCGUUCUCCAUCGCUACGCGUGAUGAUCCGCUGGAGCAUCUUCGAAGAGCCAAGGACACAAUCGACAGGAAGAAGCAUUCUUUGGAAGCCUUUUUGACGUUUUCUGUCGGCAAAUUCAUUCUCGAGACAUUUGGAGUUAAGGCAGCAGCCGAUAUAAUAGGCCGAGCAGUGUCGAACACAACGAUGUCGUUUUCAAACAUGAUGGGUCCUGUCGAAGAAAUAAGCUUUUACGGACAUCCGAUUACGUACUUAGCUCCUAGUGCUUAUGGCCACCCCCAUGCAUUGACGAUGCACUUCCAGAGUUACAUGAACAAGAUGACAAUGUCUCUGACAGUUGAUUCAACGGUCAUAACCGAUCCUCAUCGGCUUUGUGAUGACUUGGAGGAAUCCCUACGAACCAUCAAAUCUGCUGUCCAAGAAAGAGGGUUGGUUCGUUGAAUAGUUACGAAAUUGUAACUGGAUAAAGUUUUUUUUUUCAUAAAGACUAUACUAUUGGACAAGAUCCAAUCUUUAUAUAUACUUCUCAUGAGACAAAAAAUGCCACUGAUCAUAGAUUUUGCUAAUAA